AAAAAAAUUCUUGUUUUGUUAAAAUCUUUUAUUACUGCCCGUUUCACAUAUUAGUGUUAAAUACUAAAUUUGUUUGUUAUUAUUCCCCAAAAUGGUGAUAAGAAGUUUCACUACUUUGAUUUAUUGGGGUUCUUUAUUAAAAAAAAAAAUUCUUGGCUAAAAGUUAUUUGCCACAAAAAAAAAAAAAAUGUCGGGAUCAAAAUUAUCCUUUUAAAAAGGCGUCGUUUUUUUUUGGUCACCGCAAAAAAAAUAAUUUUUUUUUCUUUUUCUUUUUCUUUUUUUUGUUUUUAUUCAUGCCUAAAAAGAAAGGACAAAAAUCCGGUUCCAACAACAACAACAACAAUAAUAAUGUAAACAAUACCGUUAAAAAAAGUAAAAAAAGUAAAAAAGCAAAAGCGAAUCCAAAUAAUGGAAAAAAUGGUGGUGGUAAUAAUGGUGGUAAUGGUGGUGGAAAACGUAAUAAUUUGAAUCUUACACCAUUACCUGAAAUAAUUGAAAUAAUGCGUCUACAACAAGAAAUUAAUAUUAAAAAUUUUGGUUCUUCUGAAUUAACAUAUAAUGGUAGUGAUCGAUUAGUUUUUAUCGUUUAUAAGGAACCUUUUAAAAAUAUUUGGAAAAAAAUUGUAAGGAAAAAUUAUUUUUGGAAUCAAAAUGAUGCUAGAAAUUUUGUUAGUUCAGCAUUAGUUACAGCUGAUUCUCGUACGGGUCAUGAAAUAGAAGAAUUGGUAGAAGAAUUGGGUAAUCCUGAAGGUGGUCUCAAAAGAUUAAAAGAGGUUAUGAAUUUUCUUUCAAUGUCAUGUGAUGCGGGAUUAAACGACAGUGUAUUAUCUUUCCAAUUUGUCAUAUUACCCUUAUUGGGAUUAUUGACUAGAACUGCUAUUACUGAAUGUAUUUUGGAAACAUAUGUUCACGCCAUCUUUACGGCUGUCUACGCAAAUCUCGACUCAUUUAUUAAUAGGAACGUGAUGAAAAUGUUGGAAACGUUGGUGCAACGUAAUUCUGUGAAAGAUAAUCAAGUUAGCAUGGAAGAAUUAUUAUCACGUGAUCGUUAUUCAUUUAUUCCAUAUUCCUUAGGAACAUUUUUCUUAGUAAUUGUUCGGUUGCUUACGGAAAUAUUACGUCGAAUCAGAGAAGCUUCUGUUAAUAAGACGAUGCAUAAGAUCGUUUGUGAUCUACAAAGAUUAAAGACUAUAUAUCAACAAUCAAUUCAAUCAAUUGGGCCACAACAAUUUUCUGAUCCAUUAAUUAAUAAUUUGGAAACUAGAGAGUAUUUUUUUAUGAUAUUAGAAAAAGACAUGGAAAGCAUGAAUAAAAUGUUAGAUACGUCAAAUGAAAAGAAUUCUAAUUCAAAUUCUUAUUUACGUUCUAGAGAAUUAUCUAGUAAAUUUGAUAUUAUAAAAUCUUUUGAUUUACCUGGUGAAUUAUCAAAAGUUGGUGUAAGACAUGAUAACGAUUAUGUAAAAAUUCGAAAUAUAUCACUUCUUCCUACAAGAGGUGAGAUAUUAUGUAAUCGUCAACCAUUUUUACCAUCUCCAGUGUUCGGUACACCACAUUUUUUACCUUACGGGGCUGCUAGAUUACUUGAUACACAGUUUCGUCUUUUAAGAGAAGACAUGUUAAAUCCGAUACGUGGUGGAAUAUCAAAUUUCAUAAAAGCAUUGUCAAAAGAUCAGCCUUCAACGGAAUUUAAGAAUAUACAACAAGAAGGAGGUAGAUUUACUUACGAUGGUGGAAUAACCGAUAAUGGUGAUUUACAAGUAUAUACUUAUGUACAAUUUAUUAAUAUUACUUGUGAUAGAAGAAAAGGUCUUGCUUAUACUAUGAGAUUUACUUUUCCAAAAAUUCGUGGAGCUAAAGAUGAAUUUGAAAGAAAAGAAUAUUGGGAAAAGAGUAAAAGAUUAUUAACUGGUAAUUUAGUUGCUCUUUUGUUACCAUCGAAAAGGUUUGAGAAUAAUUAUUCAAUUUACUUUGGAAUUGUUACAUCAAGAGAUGAAAAAAUUUUAGCUAAAUAUGAUGAUCGUGCAGAUAUUGAUAUUAGUUUUGUUGAUCCAUCAAUUUAUUCUAUCGCAUUAAAUGAAAUUUCAAAUUAUGAUAGAAUAACAGAUCAAUCAUUAGAAAAAAGAUUUUUGGUAGAAUCGACAAGUAUUUAUUUAGAAGCUUAUUAUCAUAUUCUUAAAACUCUUCAAACAACGAAUCCUUCUUCUUUACCUUUUGAAAAAUAUUUCGCUCCUAAUCUUAAAGGAAACCGCGAUAUUAAAGUUGAAACGCCAAUGUAUACUAGAGCUCCAGGAUUUCAAUUUGAUUUAUCAGUUCUAUGUAAAAAUAAGGGACGAAGUUUAAAAUUAGUUGUUGCAAAUAGAAAUAGUUAUGAUAAAGUAGCAAAAGAUAUUACCGCUUCUAGUAUAUUAGACGACACUCAAGCUGAAGCAUUGAUAUCCGCUUUAACACGUGAAGUUGCAUUAAUCGAGGGACCACCUGGUACUGGUAAAACUGUAGUCGGUAUUGAAAUUAUGAAAGUGUUAUUAGCAAAAGAAAAUCAAAAAUCAAAAAUUGGACCUAUUCUUACAAUCUGUUUUACAAAUCACGCUCUUGACCAAUUCUUAGAGCAUCUACUUGAUGUAGGUAUAACGAAUAUAAUAAGAUUGGGUUCUCAAACAGAAUCUGAAAGGAUUAAAGAAUAUAAUUUAGAAGAAAUAUCUAAGAGGUAUAAACGUAAUAGUAAAUUAAAGUCGAAGCCACGUGUACAAUUAAAUAUUAUAGAAAAAAAUAUCGAUAGAAUAAAAAACAGUUUAACUAAAAAAUGGGUAUCAUGGGAUGAUAUACAAGGAUAUUUGAUGAAUGAAGCAAAAGAUUUUUAUGAUAGAUUCGCUACGAAAUCUGAUACUUAUUUACCUAGUUGGGUUAUGGAAACUAUUGGUAAUGAUCCCGAAGUAGAUGAAACUGAAGAAGAGUCUUAUGAUAAAUUUCAAACAGUUCGAAAUAGACGAAGUAGGAAAUUAUCUAUAUUUGAACAAUGGUUAUAUGGAGUAGAUAUUAGGAUAAUUAGCAAGAGAAAAGGUAUUUUAUUAAUACAAAAACAACAGCAGCAGCAGAAAGCCGAGAAUGAUCAGAAAAAAAGAAACAAAAAAUGGAUAAGUCUUGAUGAAUUCGAAGCAAUAAAUGAAGCAUCAAAAAGUAUUAACGAUAAUUCACAAAUUGAUUAUGAAACAUUACAAUGGAUCGAAAAUUAUAAUGAACCAAGAACAAAUCGUUCUUUGAACAUAUUAUUAAAUGAUUAUUCGAUUUGGCAAAUGUCAAAAGUAGAAAGACAAAGACUUCAUGAUUAUUGGCGUACAAAAAUUAAUGAAAAAUUUGUUCAAGAAUUAUCAAGUUUAGAAAAAAGACAUGAGAAAGAACGUCAAGUAAUGAACGAUAUUUAUGAUGAAGCAAAUCGUAUAAUAUUAUUAAAUAGGGAUGUUAUUGGUAUGACUACGAGUGGUGCGGCUAAAUUUCAAAAUUUAAUUAAGUCAAUUAACCCUAAAAUUAUUAUCUGUGAAGAAGCCGGUGAAGUUUUAGAAGCUCAUAUUCUUAGCGCAUUAACUCCUUCAACUCAACAUUUAAUAUUAAUCGGAGAUCAUAAUCAACUUCGACCUCAUAUUGCAACGUAUUCUCUUAGUAUGGAUUCUUCAACGGGAAAAAAUUAUCAAUUGGAUAAAUCAUUAUUUGAAAGAUUAGUUAAUGGAGAUAAUGCAGUUAAAAUUGAAAAAACUCAACUUUUAACUCAAAGACGAAUGAGAAAGAAAGAGAUUUCUGACCUAAUUAGAUAUACACUUUAUCCAGAUUUAAUCGAUGGUGAAAAUACAGCUACAUAUCCAAAUGUAUGUGGAGCUCAACACAACGUGUAUUUUAUUGAUCAUAGAAAUCCGGAAGAUAAUAUUGGAGGAGAUUUUGCUAUGAAAUCUCAUGUUAACAGAUUUGAGGUUAAAAUGGUAGUUGAAAUGGUAAAAUAUUUUGUUAGAAAUGGAUACAAUAAACCCGAAGAUAUAGCAGUACUUACUCCAUAUUUAGGACAAAUGGUUAAAAUUAGAGACGCUUUAGCUGAAUUAUUCGUUGUUGUUAUUGAUGGAAGAGACGCUCAAGACAUUGCCGAAUUGGAAGGACGGGAUGGUAGAAACAACUAUAAUUAUACUUCAAAAACCUCUUUAAGCCAACCAGUUACUUUAAGAACUGUAGAUAAUUUUCAAGGUGAAGAAGCAAACAUAGUUAUUGUUUCAUUAGUUCGUAAUUACUCGGGAACUGGAGAACGUGAUUCUAUCGGAUUUCUCAAAAGCUCAAAUAGAAGUAAUGUGCUAUUGUCACGUGCUCGUGAAGGAAUGUAUCUUAUUGGCAAUUCUGAAUUAAUGGCAAAGAGGUCUAAAGAUAUGUGGGCUCCUGUAAUUAAUAUUUUACGGGAACGUGAACAAGUUGGAUUUGGUAUGCCAAUUGUAUGUAAUCAACAUCCUGAUUAUAAGAAUAUCAUUGACAAACCUGAACUAUUUGCGCAUAUUAGCCCGGAUGGGGGAUGUCGUCAAAAAUGUAACAUAUCACUUCCUUGUGGACAUCCAUGUAUUUAUAAAUGUCAUUCAGAUGAUCCUGAACAUACUAAGAUUAAUUGUAAUGUUCCCGUUGGAGACGUUAAGUUACCUUGUCGUCAUAUAAUUCGAAAUGCUAAAUGUUGGCAAAAGCAAGCUAAAAAUACGUUUAAAUGCAUGGUAUUAGUUGAAAAAAAAUCACCCUAUUGCGAGCACUAUCAAGAGGUUUAUUGCUUUGAGCCUGAUUACAAUAUUAAAUGUAGAGAGAUAUGUAAUAUAAUGUUGAAAUGUGGUCAUGAAUGUUUAAAUGAAUGUUCUAAAUGUCAAGAAUAUUCUAGACCACAUGCAAUUACCGUUCCUAAUAUCCCUAAUAGACCUAUUAGGCCUAUUAAACGAACAAAGCAUGAAGAGUGUAGAUAUGUGUGUGAUAAACCAUUACGUUGUGGUCAUAUAUAUCAUAGAUGUAAAAACUAUUGCCAUGACAUAAAGUACUAUAAUAGAUGUCCUCCGUGUAAUGAAUGUAUUAAUAAUGCACGGAACGUGAAGGAUAAUUACUACUAAAGUGUUGUUUAUAGUUAUUACGAUAGAACCAUUUUGAAUAGUAAAAUUUUUAAUUUUUAAUUGAAUUAUCACAACAUGUAGUGCAUAUACAGUAUUUAGUUUGAAAUUUUACCUGUAUUAAAUUUUUUGUAAUAAAUCGUAAUUAUUAAUUAAAGUUGACCGAAGACUUAAAAGUAAAUAUCGUAGAACUUUUAUUAAAAGUAAUAAAAGAUUAUUGAAUGUAAAAUGAUUGUACUAAGCGUUGCCAGUACAAUUUAAGAGGGUUAUUAUAUGC